AUGCUUCCUUCGUCGCCAUUUCUAUCCUCGUUUGAUCCGGCCCUUCAUCUCCACUCCGAAGGACUUGACAACACGAUAAACCCGCCAUCCGAAUCGUUUUCCGACGAUCUCGAGGCAAUCCACCUGCACCGCCGCGAACAAAUUCACAAUCGAGUUGUAAUUCAACAUCGGGCGUGGGACUUAUCGGAUGUGUUUCGCAGUGAAGACGAAAUAAGACCUGUCGAUACGCCAACCAAAACUAUCACGACUCCGAGAACAUUUUCUCACGCUCCUACUCGACGGCUGUCCUUUAUCCCGUCCUCGCCGCCAAUUACAAGAAUGCCGUUCAUAUCGUCUCCGAGCGUUCGCGCACCCAAUUCUACCGAUGCGACAAACGACCCGCAAAAGAGGAAAGUCGCUGAUGGGGAGGGAGGCUCAGAGCAAACAGAGCCGAAGCGCCAGCGCAUGGUUGGAGGCUUCGUCGAUGAUGAUGACGAUGAUGAAGAAGAUGAUCUCGCUGCUUUCAGAGACGAGCAGAUAAAGGAUCAAUAUGAUCUGCCGGAGCGCAUCUGCCAGCAGCCUUCGACGGAACUCCCUAGCAUACUGGUAUCACCACUGGCAUUUACGAAACCGAACGCGGCAACCAAUGUUAUAUCUAGCGCUUCCAAAACGCUAUCAGAGUUGACACCCCGGGCUGCUUCAACCGCCCCCAAAAGAUUUGAGAUCAAGACUUGUGCUGGCAAGACCCAUAGUGUCCCCCAAAGAAAGGUCCAGGCCCCCGUUUCCUACAAACAAAUAAUCGCUAGUCGGUCCGAGACAGAACCCGGAAAGGCGAAGAAGAGUUAUUUUGGCAUUGAUAUCCACCAAUUACUAGACGAGGCAGCCAACGACAAAAGGCCGUCGAAGACAGUCCAGCAGCCCCGAGUCCAGCAAACUAUCGAAACAAACGAACAGAGCUCCAAGCAAAAGAAGAUAGACUCUGCAAUGUGGACAGAGAAGUACCGUGCUCGGAAAUUCACUGAUCUCAUCGGAGAUGAACGCACUCAUCGAUCCGUGCUUCGCUGGCUCAAGGGAUGGGAGUCCAUUGUAUUCCCUGGAUUGGCCAACUCUCGCGCAAAGAAACCUGCCCAGGAUGGCGAGGAGGAGUAUAUCCAUCGAAAGGUUCUUUUGCUGAGUGGUCCUCCCGGACUCGGAAAGACAACACUGGCACACGUGUGUGCCAAACAGGCUGGCUUCGAAGUGCUUGAAAUCAAUGCUAGUGAUGACCGCAGCAGGGAUGUGGUCAAAGGUCGCAUCCGUGACGCGCUGGGAACAGAGAAUGUUAAAGGUAUGAACGUGGAGAUUGGCGAGAAAAAGGUCCGCCGCGCCGGUAAACCCGUCUGUGUCGUAGUGGAUGAAGUCGAUGGUGUCACUGGUGGUUCUGGGAGCGGUGGUGAGGGUGGUUUCAUGAAAGCUCUCAUUGACCUUGUUCUGCUUGACCAACGAAACGCGAAAUGGUCAUCGGAAGGCAAUAAUGGCAAGAAGCGCAAAGGUGACAACUUCCGAUUCAUGCGGCCGUUGAUUCUGGUUUGCAAUGACCUUUACCACAGCAGUCUCCGGCCACUCAGAGCAUCGUCCAUUGCGGAGAUGAUCAGUGUCCGUCAAGCACCACUGGAGAAUGUUGUCCAGCGAGUCAAAGUCAUUUUCGACCGUGAAGGCAUCCGAUGCGACAAUGAUGGCGCUCGGAGGCUCUGUGAAGCGGCCUGGGGUAUGGUCAGCAGAAAAAAGCGCACUGCCAAAGCCCAGGGGUCUGCCGAGGGUGACAUUCGUAGUGUGCUAGUGGCCGCGGAAUUUGUCGCACAUAAGCUUCGGAACGAGUCGUUGCCAUCCUCGCUCAGACUAACGAAGAAUUGGCUGGAAAAUCGAGUCCUGAAUGCAUCGGCCGAGGGUAGUGCAUUCUUCAAAGAGAUGAGUCGUGGCGGUGUUCGUGAGAUUGUGAAUCGUGUAUUCACAGAGGGUGCUGGCUUCUCAGAUGCCCCUACCGGGAUGAGUUUCCAAGACCGCUUUGAUAAAACCAAUAGCCGUGUCCCCGUUGGGGUGGCGGAUCUGCGCAAGCGACACGCAAUCAAUCGAUUGCGGGAAAUGGUUGAUGCCAGUGGUGACCACGACCGCUGCGUAUCGGACUGUUUUGCUUCAUAUCCCAUUCAGCAAUACCAGGAUGACAAUUAUUUCUCCAAACCUAACGCCGCCCACGAUUGGCUUUAUUUCCAUGACACAAUCAGCUCGAAAGUCUACUCAUCUCAAGAGUGGGAACUGAUUCCAUAUCUCAGCCAGUCGGUCGUCGCCUUCCAUCAUUUGUUUGCUACGGCCAGCGGCAGAACCACCGAGGAUGACACCAAUGAUGAUGACGAAGAAGAAGCCGAAGAACCUCAUCCUUUCUCAGGACCCAGAGCCGAUUUUGCUGCAUUCGAAGCACAAAAGCAGAACCGCGCGGCCAUGACUGCAUUCCAUGCCUCCUUCUCGGCACCUAUGGCCCGCAUGUUCCGGUCAACCGAGAGUGUGAUCACAGAACUAAUUCCCUACUUGAUCCGCAUGUUAUCGCCCGACGUCAAACCGGUUGUCAUCCGUGGAAGCGGGGACCAGAGGAGCACAGCCACCGUUCGCAAAGAGUCCGAACGUGCGCUCGUCCUAUCUACCGUGGGUGUCAUGACUGGGAUGGGUGUGGCAUUCGAAAAAGUCCGAGUGGAACAUGAAGGAAGCCAUGGUGGAUGGGCAUACAGGAUGGAGCCGCCCAUUGAUUCGCUGGUGGUCUUCUCGAAGAUCAAAGGUAGCACCGUUGAAGCUUCGGGGAGUACAGCACCAGUGAGAUAUGCCGUUCGCCAAGUGCUAGACCAGGAGUAUCGCAAGGCAACGGCACGCAAGGUGCCUGAUGCCACGAGCGCAUCAAAACUCGGCGCCAAAACUUCUAAGGGUGCUGAUGGGGACGCCGCCGAAAAAGCAAUGAAAGAAGCGGCUAUCAAACGCGACUUCUUUGGUCGGCUGGUCGAUGAACCCGCGCCUCAGUCUCGAGAGCUAGAUAUUACAGACAGCUGGGCUGAAGAAUCGUCCAAGGCUGGACGGAAAGUCUGGGUAACUUUCCAUGAAGGCUUCUCAAACGCAGUCCGGAAACCGAUAUCUUUGGGAGAGCUGAUGGCUGGACUGUAA